AUGAGAUGCCCGAAUAUCCUAAUUAGACCGACGUUAUUUUCUGCCGAGCGCAACAUGAUAAAUAUCGAUUUGGGAGAUUUGUGCGCCACAGGCGAUGAAAAUAGCUGGAUUGGC